AGCAAGCGAGCGAGAGAGCGAGCAAGCGAGCAAGCAGGCAGGCCAGCAGGAGGCAGGCAACGAGUAAGCCAGAAAGCACAGGGUACCGCGAACGAAUCGUGCGUCCCCGUCGUUCAGUCGGGUAGGCGCGUUUGUACGGCGUCGGUCUGUUGAAGAUUUCGAGCAAGCAAGAAAGAACGAAAGGAAGAAAAAGUGAGGAGAAAGGCAAAGGAAUUACGAGAACCAUGUGCACCAGUGAUGUACUUUAGCGAUCGUGAAGAGUUGGAACGAUCGGUACGAAGAAAGGAAUUGGGAUCGGAGUGAACGCGCGAAAGAAUAGAACGGGAAAGGAAGGCGAGCGUGGUCGGUUUUGGCCGGAGAAUAUCCAGCCGGGGGGAAGCCAAAGAAAAGAGCGACAAGGGAAAGAAAGGAAACAUGUCGCGACGGUACACCAGGAUCCACAUUGUACGGGCCUGGGCGAGGCCUCGACAUCUUUUGCUGUCGUUUCUGCUUCUUUGUGGAACUCUCGCCGAUGCAACGAGAUUGAGGCAUUCCAGGCACUUGGACGCAAGAUCGCAGCUCUCGAUCGAGGAGGAAUUGGCGAUGGAUCAGGACGAAAAUCACAAUCACAAACCGGUUUUUUCGAAUUGUUCGAAUUACGCACCGAUAGUGAAGGAGGAGGAACCGGUAGGCACGAUCGUGAUUAAAGUACACGCGGAGGACAGGGAUCAACCGAGCGACGGAGGCACCAUUGCUUACAGUUUCGUCACCGCACCGGGUGAAAAGCUAAAGUUCGAGAUCAACAACAGGACCGGCCUGAUCAGGACGACGCAGGUGUUGGACAGGGACGAGCCAGCUCGAGAGAAGGAAGCCUACCUGACCGUCCUCGCGACCGACAACGGAAGGCCGCAACUCGACGACGUGUGCACCUUCAAAGUCACCAUCGAGGACGUGAACGAUAACUCGCCGGUUUUCGACAAAGUGGCGUAUACCGAAUCGGUGCCGCAAGAUUUACCCCUCGGACGAGAAGUGAUGAGGGUAUCCGCCACGGAUAUCGACGAUGGCAACAACUCCGUCGUCUACUACAGCCUCUCGCCGAAAAGGCCCGAGGACGGUGUAUACUUUCGUAUAGAUCGCAACACCGGUGUCAUAUUCCUCAACAAGACCAUCGACAGAAAUCCGGAUUACAAGUUCAGCAUGACGGCAACCGCCGAGGAUCAGGGCGAGAAUCCAAAGUCGAACGUGAUCGAUCUGGAUAUUCGAGUCGUAGAGUCGCACAAAAAGGCUCCAGCCUUUUUGCCAAGGUCUUCCGAACCGAUUCGAUUGCAAGAGAACUUUAGCGAUUUCGACGUGAGUAUCAUACGAUUACAGGCUGUCUCGAAUAGCGGUGAUAACACCGGUCUCCUCUUCGAACUGGUACCCGGUAGGACGGAACAAACCAACAAGGGAAACACGUUCAGAUUGGAAUCGAACAAGGACGUUGCAGAUAUCAAGCUUUCUCAGCACCUCGACUACGAGAGUAACACUUUGUACACCUUGAUCGUACGCGUGCAGAACAAGUAUCAGCUGGCUGCCGAGACCGUGAUCGACAUCGAGGUAUUGGACGUAAACGACAAUAUUCCGGUGUUUCGCGAGAUGAAGAAGGGUAGCGUAUUGGAGAACGAACCACCGGGUGUCCCCGUGAUGCAAGUGCGCGCCAUCGACGCCGACGGGACGUCCGCUCACAAUCAGGUCACGUACGAACUGGACAACUUUCGGGACCUAUUCGCCAUUGAUAAGUACACCGGUAACAUCACCACUCUGACCACGUUCGACAGAGAGCUCGAGGACACGUACAACGUGAAGGUGAUCGCCGUGGAUAACUCGCCGAGCGCUCUCUUCCAAACGGGCAACCACAAUAAAGGGCAGCAAGUAUUUCGCAUCGAGAUCGCUGAUAAAAACGACAACGCCCCCCAUUUCACGCAAGCCGUCUAUACCGCCAACUCGAUCCUCGAGAAUGCCAAUAUCAACGCCCCGGUCACCGAAGUGAAGGCACUCGAUUCCGAUACCGCUAGCCCCGUCACGUAUAGCAUCAUAUACGGUAAUACUGACGACAGCUUUUACAUCGAAGAUACCACGGGAAAGAUUCGCGUGAAAAAACCUCUGGAUUACGAGAAGAUCACCGAAUAUAACCUAACCGUUAGAGCGUUGGACGGUGUGUACAACGACACUGCCCAAGUGAAAAUUUUCAUCGAGAACGUGAACGAUAAUCCGCCGGUCUUCGAGGACUUCAACAAAAAUCCUACCAUCGAGGAGGAGAAGCUGGUCGAAGGUUGCAUCACUACCGUGGUCGCUUACGAUCCAGAUAUCAAGGACAGGAAUGCCGAUCAACAUAUCGCCUACUUUAUCGUGAAAGAGGAUCAGCAACCUUUGAUCGGAAUUGACAAGACUGGUUGCAUGACCCUGAAAAAACCGCUUGAUCGAGAUUCACCCUUAGGAUACUCCAUGUGGACGGUGAUCGUAAUGGCCCGAGACGAAGACGGGUCUCCGACCGCAUUGCGAGAACUGGUAAUGGUCAACAUCACGCUGAUAGAUAUAAACGACAACGCACCUUUCCUCGAUAUGCCGUAUCCGGUGGUCUGGGGCGAGAACAAGCCACCCGGUAAAAUUACCGAACUGAAGGCUCGAGAUUGGGACUCGGAGGAAAACGGACCACCUUUUAAAUUUCAAAUCGACGAGAAUACCGCGGACCAAGAGAUUUUGGACAAGUUUGCUAUUCGAGACGCCGAUUUGUUCGCUCGUGUCAAGUUUGAUCGAGAGGAACGAAAGAGUUACGAUAUCCCGAUCGCGAUCACGGAUAGCGGCAAGCCGCCGAUGACGGGGACGUCCACGUUGACCGUAAUCAUCGGCGACGAAAAUGACAAUCCAAUGUCCGAAGGGUCGAGCUCGAUAUUCGUGUAUAAUUACAAGGGCGAAGCCCCGAAAACCGACAUCGGCCGAGUGUACGUCAACGAUCCGGACGAUUGGGACUUGCCGGACAAACAUUUCGCCUGGGCCUCCACGCACGAAGGGUUUCAGCUGAAUCAAGAGAACGGUAUGAUCACGCUGCUUCCCGGUAUCUCCAACGACACGUUUGUCCUCAAGUUUAUAGUCAGCGAAAACAGUACGCUUAUCCAACGGCAUCAUGUGAACGCGUACGUGAAUGUUACCGUGAAGGAACUGCCCGAGGAAGCAGUGGCUAGAUCGGGUUCCGUGCGCUUUUACGGAAUGACAGCCAAAGACUUUGUAGCUCCCGACGAAACCGGUGUCAGCAAGAAGGAAAUAUUUCAGGAAAGAAUCGCCAACAUGUUGAAUACCUCGGUGGAAAACGUGGACGUAUUUACGGUGCUUCACUCGCCGCACCAUAAUAACAUGAGUCUGCUAGACGUACGAUUUUCGGCGCACGGUAGUCCUUAUUAUGCUCCCGAGAAAUUGAACACGAUAUUGGCGCAACAUUCCAAAGAGAUGGAACGAGAGCUAAAGACUGACAUUCUGCUGGUAAACAUCGACGAGUGUCUAUUCGAGAAACAGCACUGUAAUAAUACCUGCCGCAGUUAUCUAAAUGUUAGCACGGUUCCGUAUCCGGUCUACACGAACGCGAGCUCUUUCGUCGGGGUGCGAGCGGUCGUAGAUCCACAGUGUACCUGCCACGUGGCUGAACCGAUAGAAUGCCUCAACGGCGGUACACCGUUAGCCGAGCGAUGCGAGUGUCCUCCCGGUCUCGAGGGACCAAGGUGCGAGCUUCUCGGUAUCGGUUUUCACGGCGAUGGUUGGGCGGUGAUGCCACCACCCGGACAAGCUUGCGACGAUUCACAUUUAGGUUUAGAGAUAACUCCUCACGUAGACAACGGUUUGGUGUUCUAUUUUGGUCCAAUGACUUAUAGUUCGAAGAUCAGAAUUCAAGAUUUUAUGGCUUUGGAGCUUCAACAAGGAUACGCUGUCCUCUAUAUGGAUUACGGAACUGGUACCGUGCGACUCGAUCAACGACGGAUCAAACUUACAGAUGGCAAAAGCCACAGGAUAGACGUGUUCUUUACGAAAAACGCGAUCGAGAUGCAAGUGGACAAUUGUGGAAUAUCGGCCUGCAUGAGUCUUACCGCGCCGCAAGGAUCAAACGAAUUCCUAAACGUAAACAGCCCGAUGCAAAUCGGUGGAACUUUGACUAAUCUCGCACAAUUAGCCUCGCAGUUGAAAUGGGAUCACAAACCUACCAGCAAAGGAUUCGUCGGAUGCAUACGCAACAUGACGUUCAAUGGAAAUACGUACAACUUGGGAAUGCCCUCGUUAUCCAGAAACGCCGAUCCUGGCUGUGAUCACGGAAUGGCCAAGGCCGUAUCAUUCGGGAUCGAUACCAACUUCCUUGUUGCGAUCUUGGUUUGUAUCGCCAUCUUAUUGAUACUGUUGCUAGCAGUUGUGGUGCACAGGCGAAAAACGGAUGAUCUCUACAAGGACAUGGACGACAUAAGAGAAAAUAUUAUCAAUUACGAAGACGAAGGAGGUGGCGAAGUAGACACGGGCUACGACCUCAAUGUUCUUCGAACGAUUUACGACGCUCCGCCCAUCGAUUCUAAAAUAGCUCCGAUUGGCUUGCAAACUAGAGGUCCAGACGAAGUACCCGAUAUUUGCGGCUUCUUAGACGGCAAGAAGGAGAGCUGCGAUAAGGAUCCAGACACGAAUCCAUUCGACGAUGUUAGGCACUAUGCGUACGAGGGUGAAGGCAACUCCGAAGGUUCCUUGUCAUCCUUGGCUUCGUGUACCGACGAUGGAGAUCUCAAAUUCAAUUACUUGUCCAACUUUGGACCAAGGUUCCGAAAGCUAGCAGACAUGUACGGAGAGGAACCCAGCGACGAGGAAAGCGAUGGCGUCGGUGAACGCGAAAGCGAAAGUUGGUGUUGAGCUUUCCGCGAUUGUUCGAGCUUCGACUCGAAUCGUUCGCAGCAACCGACUCUGUUAGUUUCCGCUCUCUUUGACGAAGCAGCGACGAAGCCGCGGCUAUUCGUCGCCUCGUGUACUUAACACCACCCGGCGUUCUCUCGCCCUGGUACGAGGAUAGAGUGCUACUGAUUCGCGAUAUCGAUGGCUGUGGUGGAAAUAUGGACUUAUUAACGACUAUCAUCAAUAAACGCUCAACAGUUUAAGUAUUAGAACAGUAAUAUAUUUGUAGCAUAAAAGUUAAUUAUUACACAGGAUUUUACUCGCAUAGCCUCACAGUCAGAAACGUACUUCCCUCUCACGCUCAUCGAUACGCACCAGAGGCGCCACUCCUUCGACGCAUUCUAAUCGCUUCGCCAUAAACCAUACCCCACGUACACUCGUUCAUAUAAUAACGAAAGCCACACUCACCAUGGCCACAUAUCGUUUCGAGAUAACGCGAUCCAAGCGAAGUAUUUUUCUUCUUCUGCUACUUUUGUUUUGUUUUUUUUUUGUUUGUUUGUUACUUCCUUUUUUAUACAUAUAUCUUUUUCUUUUAUCGGAGUAGUUUACUCUCGACUCGCAACGCGUGUAGGAAAUAAAAUUCGAACACGGAUAUCGAACAACUCGGGACACGAUCGAUAGUUGGCAAUGUGGUAAGUGUCGACGCACUCGAUCCUCGGGAAUAGACGACACAGCGGCGAGAGACUAGAACGAUAAAGAACAAUGACGAUAGUAUUUUUGUCCGUUGGCAAUGAGAAUAUAAAAAAAAAAGCGGAGAAAAAGAAAGAAAGGAACGACUAAUGACGGUGAAAGAACGGACGUAUAGGACGAAGGAGGAUUUCGCGAGGUAUAUGCGCAAUAAUGGACACGCGUUAUUCGUUCAUCGCAAUUGUAUUAUUUUACGAGUGCAUUCCACUAGUUAACGAAUGAUACGACACGUAGCGUGGGACGAACGCGUUUCAUAGAAAUCGCAAGGAUCUCUUUUUCCAGACACGAAAGCGCAGAAAGAUUCGUACAUUUUUUGGCAAUCAUUCGAGUUACGAGGUCUAAACUUAUUUUUUUAUACGUACAUUAUGGGAACGAGUAUACAUACAUAUAACUAUAUGUUUAGGUUCUAUACGAAUACCGUGGAAGACGAGUAUAUAGAAGGUGAAAGAAAAGGAAAGAAACGAGACGAACGAACGAACGAACGAUGCAAGGUAACGAUAGGCUUGGAGCAAAAAGAGAUAGGAUGGAAAAAAGACGGAACAAAGGCAGCGGGAGAGCGGUACCGCUCUGCUAUAUUUAACUUAUAGACUAUUUUAUUAACCGGUUAUGCGCGCGAAUGCGAUGAGAAACCGUGUACGAAAUCUUCACAUAUGCGAAUACACGUAUAAAUAUAAACAUUGGUAUCGAAUAUAUGCUGUACACAAAUGUGCGUGCGUGCGUGUGUGUGUGUGAGAGAGUAUGAGUGUAGCGUGCGUGCGUGCGUGUGCGUGCGCGUGUGGGCGCGCGUGUAGGCCAAAGUAAUAAUUAUUGACUUGGCAUGGCGUACGCGUACGAUGCAUAAUUCCGAGAUGCAAAGGCACGAGACACGAGGGAGAGUGGGAAUCGGCGAGAAGAGAUCCGAGUGCCAUAUCGCGCGUUCGAUAUCGGAGAUGGAUUCACCGAGUGAAACGGUAGACGAAUACACGGCCGUAACGCCACCGCGAACGCCAACGAAUUCAAGGCGACUCCUUGCCCUCUCUUUCUCCGCCGAUCAACGAUAAACCGCGUAUUCGCAUGUCGCGUCUUUCCAUAUCCAUUUCGUUCCAUUCGCGAAAUUAACUUUGCAUGCGUGCACGCGUCUGCGAAUAUUUCUAUGUGUGUGUGUAUAUGUAUAUGUAUAUGUAUAUGUACAUAUAUAUAUGUAGAUAUAUGUGUAUAUAUAUAUAUGCAUGUACGUAUAUCCGUGUACUUAUGUAGGCGUUCGCGCACGUACGUACACGUAUAUAUGUGAUAAUAAUUUGUAAGCUUUUUGUACGAUAAAUCAACGGCGAUAUGUAUAUGUAUAAUAAUAAUUGAUAAUUGUAACAACAAGAACAACAAGAACAACAAGAACAACAAGAACAACAGCAACAACGUGUUAAUAAAGAUACGUAAAGCCACGGAUGGCGACUGACUCGGAUGGACAUCCGCCGAGUUAGCCCGAAGCGUUCGCAAAGAAGUUGACGCGUAAUUUAUACGAUAGAAAAGAGCGCAGCUUAGGUGAAAGCGCGUGAUCUCAGAGGACGCGUAAAGAUAGGUGACGGUUACGAGCUACUCGCAAGAUUCUGCCGCGCUAUAAAGUUAUAAGAGAAUCGAGAAAGAUUAUCGGCAUGAUGGCCGCGAUCCCACCCGUCGUAGCAUCCAGCGAGACAGGUGAACGCGUGUUUUUAACGAUACACUCCAUCGCAGUACAAAGAACGUCUCCGUCGGCGAGCGAUGAGCAAGAAACGCGUACUCGAUCGCGACACAAUCCAGUGGACAGCAUUCGGCGACUUCGGUUCGAUUUCGGCACGCGAAAUCUACUCGUCGCGUAUCACGGCCACGCCACGAGCAAAUUUCUUCGCGAUGCGACAUACACGAACACUGCCCUUAUGUACAAUUAAAGAAGAUGGAGAAAGAGGAAGGAGGCCGGUGGAGUUAGAUCGGCGAGAUCGGCGAAAUCGGCGAAAAGGCACCGGUGACCGAGUCGUGCCGGGGAAAGGAUCGACGAUCGCGGAGAAACGAAAGCUUUAGGUCAAGGUACACGCGCCACGUAUACAGGCUUCUUGUAAAUUAUAGACAGGACACGCGAAACCAAAACGGUACGCGCGACCUAUUCGACGCGUGAUAGUUGAUCACAAGACGGCAUCACGCAGCACACCUUUCUUCUUUAUCCGCGAGAUCCAUCUAUUGUCGUCGGAGAUACGUGUAACUUCGUGUUCUUCUCUUUUUUUGUAGCAAUAAUAAAAGACAAUGACAUUGGAAGAUAAUGUGGUUUGCGUUAAAUCGGAAAUUUCCCUCGAAUCCGUAGAUCACUGGACCUCCUCCGUGCUUCGGCUCGCAUCCCACGGAAGAAAGGAGAAACGACUGUUAAUUAAUUCGGAACUCGCGACAGGCUUCCCAUCGACGUUCUUCGAACGAGAAUGAAACCCUUGGAUCGUUCUCGAUUGCGACACGUUCGUGUCGCGUUCCUUCAUUUCCAUCGUACGCGCGCGAUCCACGAUGAAGCUGAUUCGCGCCUCGCAUCACGGAUUCUCCAACCACGAGAACCGAGUUAGAGGUGUGGAGAACCUAUAAAAAGAACCUCGGCCUUCCUACCCUCUCGCAGACGCGGACACACGAUCUCGAGGAUCAGGACUUUGACGCUCGGUCUACUCGCGAUUCCA